AUGCCGUCAAAGUCCCAGAUUCUCUGCCGCUAUGGGCUUGAAUGCCGCUCAACAGUUUGUGCAUUCCGCCACCCUGGCACACGUGCAGGCGAGAAAGAUCCGGAAGACAUUCCCUGUAAAUAUGGCACAGAGUGUUUCAGGUCCACAUGUCACUUCAAGCAUCCAGCGGAUUGGGUGGUUUGUGCAGUUGGCGAUGCCUGUCCUCACAGUGACUGCAAGUGCUCUCAUCCUCCUCGGAGGCCUCCAUGCAACAAUGGUGCUGCUUGCGCACUGAUUGAUUGCCAUUUUCUCCAUCCUCGCUCCUGGUCUGCACGCUGCAGCAAGAAUGAGUGCCCAGAUGGGGCUGAGUGCCUUUUCUCGGAUUGUCCAAACUCUCACCCUCACAGGCCUUCUCCUUGUAGCUACGGUGCGAAUUGCUUGAGAGGGAAGGAUGAGUGCCGAUACAUUCAUCCAGAAGCUUGGUACAGUCAAGAGGUUGUGCGUGCUGAUUGUCAGCAUGGUGAAGCCUGCUCUAGACAAGAUUGUCGUUUUGCACAUCCGACAUCGAGAAUCAUAUGUCCUGAUGGCGGCAACUGCCGCUACUCUGACUGCUCUGCUACAGCGCACCCAAAGCGAAGGCCAGCAUGCAAGCACGCCAGCGACUGUGAGAAUGAGCAAUGCCAUUUUCUACAUCCACGGAGCUGGUUCGGAGAGCACUGCCCGUUUGGGAAAUUGUGCCUCUACAGUGACUGUUCCAAGAAGCAUCCUCAGAGGCCAAACGUAUGCCGGGAUGGAAUGAAGUGUAGCCGAGCAAAGCAGGCAUGCGGUCAUCUUCAUCCACGUGAGUGGUAUGGUGAAUCGAAGCUGCUUUCCGUAGAUCCAUCCAAAAUCCGCUUCACGCACGGCCACAUCCACCACAAGUUCAGAUCUGGAAAUGGUCUUGAUGCAACCAUCGAUCGUCUGCGUUUGGAGGAACUGACCUUUGAUGAGUUCCCACCCAUGGAAGUUUUCCGGCUUACUCGGGCAACGCUGGAUGAUGAGAUGGUGAUCGAUUCAAUUUUGUCAUCUUUGGACAUUUCACAAGGAAGUUCCCAAGCAUCCAAGUUCAUCAAACAACUUCGGGAAUCUUGCACUGGAGAGCUCUUUUCCUUAAGCAACCGCCGGCUGUUUGUUGUGCGGGUCAUCCGCAACUUUGGCCUCUUGGAUAAAGUGCUGGUACAAGAAUAUGAUUUUGGGUCGGAGAGAGUGCAGCGACCUGAACGUGGUGAAGAAGAUGGUGAUGAAAAGGCAAAAUGGUUGUCAGCGCUGUCAACAGAGAACAUGGGAAGAUCUGUACACUGCCACAGCACAUACAGAGGAUUUGAAGUGCACGGGUAUGUUGCUCACACCUUUGAGCUUCCGGAAACAGUAUCAGAGGAGACCGGAGCAACCAUCAGGCGGACUCUCCGUGCCAAAAUCCAAGAUAAGACAGCUUUAGACCAUCUGCCAAGCAGAUUGCACACCAUGGAGGAUUCCUAUGAUGCCAUUGAUGUUUGUGUUCCUCAAUCGACCCUGGAGAAGGUGACGCAAAUCCCUGUUCCCAAGGUGGUAGAGAGAAAGCGGCCGGUUGCAAAGACGAAGAUGAAGCACCAGAAGGAGCAAGUUUUUGAGUUCCUUACUGCUCAACAAAAGGGUGGUAAGAAGGGACGAGGCAAAGGCAAGAAGGCUUAAUUCUGUGGCUGCUUCUCUGAGAGGUGUGGCCACCUUUUGAAAAGAUAUCCUUGAAAUUUGGAUCAUUGUGGAUCGAACAGUGGGAGUUCCUAGAAUAGAACAGAUCGAUUCCUGAUCAGGAUUGAUCUAUAUACAUGGAUUUGCUUAUGCAGUAACCGCUUGGUCGGUUGCUAUGAAGCGGCUUGCCCUCUAAAGCCCUCUUGCGCA